UUGUUUUGUCUGAAAAGCACCAAGUGGGUGGUACCUUCUAGUGUUCGAGUAAGCUCCGGCACGUGAUGUGGAGAUGACCAAUCAGGUGCACCUCCAGGUUUAACUACGUUAAAUGUCAGAUUGCAAUAAACUAGAAGCUGUUGGUCUGGCCCGCGGAAAUGGGCGAGCAUAAUCUUCUUAAUCCUGGGUUUGUGGGACCUUUGGUAAACAUCCACACUGGAGACAGGUUUUACUUCCCGAAUUUUAGAGCCUCAGGGGGACAGCUGGCGGGGCUACCGUCUCUCUCGUACCCUAGAAGGGACAAUGUUUGCUCUCUCCCGUGGAAUCCAUCGGAGUCGUGCAAUGGAUAUCCUCAGUCUUACUUUAGCAGUCCCGUAUCCAUUAACCCCUCUUUUAAUCGAUCUUGUGAAAUAACCCGACUGGAGGAAAGCAAGUGUUAUUAUGGCAAUUCCAGCAGCACCAGAGAUUCGUGUUCAGACAACAACAGUCUCAAACGAGAGGAGCGAGCAAGAGAUACAUCAGUAUCGUCUGAUCACGGGAUGCACAAUGGGAUGGGCAACAGUGGCACCUUCUCAAAGUAUGAUUAUGGCACCGAACAUCUGACCCAAGACCCGCCAUCCUGUCAGUCUUUGGAGUCCGACUCCAGUUCUUCGGUGCUAAACGAAGGAGGAAAGACUUCAGCAAGCGACCCACAAACCCUGGUAUCGCAAGGAAACCACGCAAGCAAUAUCGCCGGAGGAGGAGGUGCCCCGUGGUACCCGAUGCACACCCGGACCCGCAAGAAGCGAAAACCCUAUUCCAAACUGCAGCUGGCCGAGCUUGAGGGAGAGUUCAUGCUGAACGAGUUCAUCACCAGGCAGCGACGUAGAGAGCUGUCUGACAGGCUCAAUCUCAGCGACCAACAGGUUAAAAUUUGGUUCCAAAAUCGGCGGAUGAAGAAAAAGAGACUGUUGCUGAGGGAGCAGGCUUUGUCCUUCUUUUAAGGAGGCACAAAAUAUACAUUGCUUAAUGGUAGCCCAACAACAGUAUUUAGUUAAUGGUAAUCUACCAUUGGCUCAUUUUACUCUGAAAGUCUUGCCCCAUGACGCAUUCAGAAAACGCGAACAAGGGUUCAAAUAUAAGGGGUACGCGACCAAAUGAUGGCUCCAAAGGUUUGCUUAUACUAUGUGGUCUAGUGUUUAUUUAAGUGGUUUUGUGUCCAGUAAUUUUGGGCAUGUAUACGAUGGGAAUGUUUAAGUCUGUUUUGAAAAGUACCGAGCUGUCUAAGCCAUCUUUCACUUUAUUAAAUAAUGAACUGCUUGUUAAAAUUGUAGAGAUAUAUAAGCUGUGAGAUAGCAUUUCGGGGAACUAAAAUGUUUUCUUAUCAGUCUUAAUGAUAUUGAAAUGAUCGCUAAAUAUUUAUUGUUAGGAGCAUUAAAACAUCUUUUGAAAUUAUAACACACUCGUGCCAUGAUCAGUAUUCUAAGCUAAAAAUGACUGAAACGCCAUGCUUGCUUUUAAGAAAACUAAACUGUUCUUAAUGUUACAUCUAGGUUUUUAUUUUGCAAGUUCUCUCUAAUAAAGAAUCGUUCAAACCUAACAAUACUUAACAAUAAGAAGCGUGGGGAGCGUCUUAUCUCCGUUCCGCCGUCAUCGCCACGUGUUCUAUGGCACGUUCACGGUCACGGACACAAAGUUAGUGACCCAACUCGUAUCUUGGGCCCUUGAGAACCAAACUGCAAUUACAGAACAGCUUUUAUGAAUAGACUUUGAUCUGGCAUGUGAAAUGUCAUUCUGACAAAUGUUUCAGCUAGAUUGUCUGUAACAAUAUUGGCCAAAGUGUAAAUUGGUAGGCCUGCAGCUAAGCCGCGUAAAUGCGACUUCCUGCUGAUAAAAUAUUUAUUCCUGAUAUAGUGAAACACGUUAUAUUCACGUCCAUCAUAUUUGCAUUUUUAACAACAUAAAUUUCCCAUUAACUAUUGCUUGUCCCUUGAUCUGCGUUAUUUGAACAAAUCUGCUCAGGUCUACUUAAUUAGUCACAACAAUGCUUCUGGGAGAAAAAUGCAUGGUCAAGUAAUAUUAUGAAGACGCGCAAUGAUAAAUUCAAACAAAGAUUAAGUCAUUUAUUAGUGUUAUGGAACUAGCAAUCAUACGGAAGAGACCAGAUUUAAAUCCCAAUAUUUACGAGCCUGUUUUGUUAAUUAGCGGAACCCAUUGUGUCAUUAGUAACAAUAUUUUUAAUCAGAUCAUGGAUUAUAUGCCAGUGGAAUCGUUCAUAUUUGCUGCAUGAUUAUAAUGACUAGUUAGACGGUUAAAAAAAAGUUUUUUUUUCCUGUCUAUUUUUGCUCAAAAUGCGCAUGUAUUAUUUUUAAACACCUUACCAAAUUGAGUAAAAUGUUUUAAACAAAUGGCGAAGGAAAUUAUUGCAAUGUUAUUUCACCCAAAUAUAGUUCUACUUGUUUAUUAUUAUUAUUAUUAUUAUUAUUUUAAUAAAUAUUAUUAUUAAAAUGACGGAUGUCGGUGCUACGUUAUUUUCUUGCCAUUGGUCUAAAAGUUUAGCCAAUGAUAUUUUGUUUAAGUCCUAUUUUUGUGAAUAUAGAAAAUGAAAAUACAAUUAUAUGAAUGACAACAUCAGCAACUAUAUAGCAAUGAUCGUCACGUUUCCCCCUCUUUGGAUUGUUUGUGAAAUUGUCUCCGAUGUAUAAUUUUUCUGUGUUGUGUUCUGUGUAAUUUUGUGAAUGCUCCAAGUGUCGCAUUCCUUUGUGUCUUGCGACUAAAAUGUCUUGUAAAUAAUGUUACGAGUUCAUGAAUGUAUCCAUAUAUGUGUAACCUAAAGUUUCUGAUUAAUAAAGUCUUUAAACUUAAUUUUA